UGGAAAUUCAAUGCGUAGGCUUAGUAUUCAAUGUGUAUUCCUGAACAAUUUCAUUUUAGGCAAAAUACAUCGCCAAAACUUUCGCGUUUUUGUCAUUAAUAUCCAAUUUUGAAUAAAUACUACUUAUAGUCACUUCCGUCCAAUUCUUUACAACCUAGUUAAACUACUCACAACUCACAAGGUAUGUUGUGACUGAGUAUAUACUUACAGAAAUUGAGAAAAGGGGGCCCAGAAAUUAAAACAAAGUUGGCUCAUUCUCACUAUCCAGCUACAGAGAAAAAGGGCCCACAAAUUUAAAAAAAAAUUAUAUGACAAAUAUCCAAACCACCCAGAAUAAUAUCCGUUCACCAUAACAAAUAUCCUCUAAGACCAAUAUCUAGUCAGCCCAUAAUUAAUAUCCUCACCAUAGAGAUUAAUACCCACCACACACAGACUAAUUAUAACAAUCGCAGACAAAUAUCCUCACCAUAGAGACUAAUAGCCCAUAAUCAAUAUCUAGUCUCCCUGCUCCCGCCGACAGCACCACUCACUCGUCUCCUAGAAGACAGACCAGAAGACAGCAGGCAAAAACAGGCAGCAGCUGUGCAUUUCGGUUCUGGGCAUUUAAACUGAAUUCGAACCGAACUGAAUUAUAGCUCGGUUCAAAUUCGGUGGGGGUGCUGGUUACAUCGGAAAUUCGGCAUGUCCUGGUUCGGUUCGGUUUAACCGACUGAACGCCCACUCCUAUCGCAGACUAAUACCAACUACACAUAUACGAACCACCUAAACUAAUCUCCAUUCAUUGCAAAGAAAUAUUAUUGUUUCAUGGGCCGAAAGCCCAUGGGUCCUCGGCGGGCAGCCCUAACUAAGGUUGCAAGCCUUAUGCGUUAGGAUUUGAUAGUGUGUUUAGUUUUGAUGGAAGACACAAUAUCCAUUACUUCGCAAAUUAAUAUCCAUCACAUGAACAUCAUUAUAUCCUAUCAUCACAUACUAAUAUCAGUACAUAAAAAAAACAAUCUGACCAAUAUCAUUACAAAAAAAAAAAAAAAGAGAGAGAGAGAGAGAGAAAGAGGGUUAGAGGGUUAAAGGUGGUUGGGAAUUUAAUGGACUAUCACUUUUUUUUUUCUUUACCCUUUUCUCUGUCUCUAUAAGUAUCUACUCACAACUUACCUUAUGAGUAGUUUAACUUUUCGAAUUCUUUAACGGUGUCAGCUAACAAGCUUACUGAACUAACAACUUUGCUGAUUUGGAGACAUUUCAUCAAUAAUAAUGCCACGUAGAUUAUUAAAAAAAUAAAACAAAAAUAAUUAAAGACAUUUUAAUAAAAAUUUAACUUGCACCAAAAACAAAAAAAACCCCAAAAAUCUCUCUGUUCUCCACCUACCUCUGCUCCAUCAUCGUCCCCAUUCUCCUAUGCUCCAAGAACACCAAACUCUUCUCCCUUUCAAAGCCAAGAACCCCAAAUCCCUCCACCUACCCUCUUCUGCCAAGAUUAUCUAAAUCCCUAAAAAAAUCCCCACCCACCCCGCCGCUGCUCUCUACAAGAAAAACAAAUUGCAUACUUUCUUCAAAUCAUCAUCCUCAAUCACCACGUCAUCAAUAACAAUCAAGAAGCGGAGAUGGAGAAGCAGGCGCUGUCGGGUUCAAAUCGAUGUGGCCCAAUCCUCUUCUUCAACCCCUACUUCAAAUCCAUGAUCAAUCGCCAUCGCCUACUCCCACCCCUUCCGUCGCGCCGUCCAGAUCUGCUUUCCAAGAUGAAGAACUUGUCCGAGGGUUACAAUCCGGCGAGAUUGCAGUGCAGACGCCAUAGUCGGCAAGAAACAGGGGCGUGUCCGAUAGAGGAAGUGGAAGUGGCUUUUGGCUAUGGCGAUCUUGUCUUUUGGUUACGACGAUGGUGAGAAACAUGAGCAUUUCAGAAUAGAGAGAGGUCGAAGACUAGACUUCCUCGCUGGGGUUCUCAAACUGGGGUCCUUGUCCGAAACAGAGGCGAUAGAUUCAGGGGCGAAGAUAGGAUCUACUUCAACUACUAAUUUCGUCUUUGGCAGGGGUGAUGAAUCGACGACGACGGCAGUGCAGAGGACGCCAGAAGCAGCCAGAUUCUUGUCGCAAGAAGACGAGAGAUUAAAUGAGAUUCUGCAUACAAAAAAAUAUUUUUUUUUAAUUUUAAAAUGUGACGUGGCGGCCAUGCGUAUGACGAGUCUAUGUGGACAUGAUGUGUCCUCUAGGUGGCAGCCACAUCAGCCUAACUUCUAUUUAACUGACAAAAUCGUUAACAAUGUUAAAGUAUUUGACGAGAAUGGCUAUUUUUAUCAAACAAGUUUUAAAAAUGUGGCUAUAUCAGGUAUUUUUCAAAAGUGGCUAUUAUUGUCACAAACACGAAAGUUUUGGUUAUACAAGUGUAUUUUGCCAUCUAGUUAUUCUGCUAACUUGAAGAUUCGUUAGUAUAUACUAACUAAUAUCCAAAAUGUAUGAACUAAUAUCUAAGUCUGCUAAGUAUCUAGAUAGCACAGACUAGUCUUCAAAAUAUCACAAACUAGUAUCCAGAUAGCAGAUACCAACUAAUAUUCACAAUCAACCAAUUAGUAUUCAAUAUGGAUACUCUUAUGGGUUAUCUGGAUACUCUUAUGUGUUAUCUGGAUACUAAUUAUGUUAUGUUUGGAUACUAUUUUGUGUUGUCUAUAUAUUAGUUUGUGAAUUUGGGAUAAUAGUUAAUUCAUGGUGGAUAUCAGUUAGCAAACUUUGAAUACUAGUCUGUGCUCUCUAGAUACUUUAGCACUUGGAUAUUAAUUCAUGAAUUUUGGAUACCAGUUAGUAUCUGCUAACGAAUCUUCAAGUUAGCAGAUUAACUUUCCCUGGGUUUUGGAAUCCAAUUUCUAUUUUGUUUUUUUUUUUACUUUUGACUUUUGACUUUUUUAAGGGAUUUUUUAUACUUAUUUCACCCAAAAUGGCGUAUUUGCUUUUUUAACUAGCUUUAUACUCGGUUUGUUGGCCGGACUAUGGCUAAUCUUAUCGUAUUGUAUUGUAUUGUUGGCCGAUCUAAAUAUUGAUUGGGUAUAUUUUUCUUUAGUAUUUAUAAAAUCUAAACUAUCAAUGAUCAAAUCUCAUUAUGUUCGAUCGAUACGAUCCAGUCAAAAUGUUGUUUUGGUCUAAUAUGAACCAAAUAGUUGCACAUCUCUAGCUAGGUGACUCAAAUCUCGGCCAAACUAGUAUAAAAUACAAAAAUUGUUAGGAUCUUGUGUUGACCAGAUUUACUCGGUUAAAUUGAAAAGUUGUGUACCAAUCAAUAUUGCUGAAGAACACAGGGGUAUGAGCCUAUAGAACAGAUCAUGUUCAAGUAAGGUCGUAAUACCAAUCAAUAUCAAACUAGUAUGAUCCUGUUAAAUUUAUUAUUUUCUUUACAUACAUGUAUGCUAUUGGAACCAUAGUUGCAUUGUACAACUAAAUACUAUUAGGAUUAUCAACUUAUGCAAUGAGAUUUUAUUGUUCAUAUUUAUCGAUUUCUAAGAAGAUUAUCUUAAUGCUUGUCCAAAAUAUUUAGAUUUAUAUAUUUAAAACUAACCAGUAUACCAUUAUAAAAAAAAAACUAACCAAUAUACGGUUCUUCAAAAGAGCUCAACUUAUACUUAGGAUUAUCAACUAUUUGCUAAAGCUAGCUUAUUCAGUAAAAACAUGCUCAACAUUUAACCUACGUAUUCAAUGAUAAUUUAAUUGUCUACUAUUCAAUCAUUAUCGAUGGUUGAAUUUCUUAAUCAACAUUGGAAUCGCAU